AGCCAGGUUUGCCAUCCUCUUCCUCUGCUUUCGAGGUAUUUGCCUGAAGCUGAUAGUCGCUGAGACGUCUCCUCCAUGAGUCUGUCAAAUUCUUUCACAUCCGGUGGUGGCCAAAGUUUCUACAAAACAAUGAUGAUAAUUCUACUGGUGACUAUGUUGAUGGUCUUGCACAGCGGCGGGCAAGGGUCAGAGCUGCCAGCUCUUCUGAUGGAUCUUCCCAAUGCACCGGAUAUAAACCCAAAUAAUUUGACGUUCUUCAAUGGGGUCUUUGCGAAUGUGGAAGGGGUCGCAUUCUUUUUUGAUUGUUUGGGUUCCCACUUCACGUGGCUCCAGGCCAUCUUCACGAACUUCCCCGCCCUCCUCACCUUUGUGAGCAAACUGAAGUGUGUGACUGACCUCUGCCCGAGAGAUUUUGAAGACUACGGCUGUGCCUGCAGAUAUGAGAUGGAAGGACUCCCCGUGGAUGAAGCAGACAAUUGCUGCUUCCAACACCGCAAGUGUUAUGAAGAAGCAACAGAGGAAGAUUGCGUGUGGGACCCUUCCAAGAUCACCGUGGAUGUCAGCUGCCUAACCAAAAACCUCACCUGUGAGUCUGAAGAUCGCUGUGAACGCCUUCUCUGCAACUGCGACAAAGCGGCUAUUGAAUGCUUUGUGCAUUCUCGUAUUAACUCUUCCUUGAACAGCCUGGAUGUUUCAGUCUGUGCCUCUCUAAUUACGGAAACCGCUACUGAGAAAACUCAGGCAACUGUUUCUGCAGUAGAGCUGAGGCAACAGGCGACUGAAAAUUCACCAUUCACACCUGUAGCUGUGGCUGAGGUAAUUCCACAAUCUACUGGUGAUACAAUGCUAAGGACUCCAGGGGCAGAAUUUACACCAGCUGUGCUGCAGGAUGAAGGUCUGGAGAUCCUCAGAGGAGCAGAUGUUCCUUCGGAGUCCGGUGACCUAUUGCUGAAGACCCCUGAAGCAGGAGUAGAUGUUCCUCCAGAGUCUGGUGACGCGUUGCUGAAGACCGCUGAAUCAGGAGAUGUGCCUCCAGAGUCUAGUGAUCUACUGUUGAGGAAUGCUGAAGCAGGAGAUGUGCCUCCAGAGUCCAGUGACCUGUUGUUGAGGAAUGCUGAAGCAGGAGAAGUCCCAGGGGACGUAUUUGCUGUAUUUGAAGAGGCGAUGCCAAGUGGGAUGACAGAAAAAGUUUUCCUCCCAGACGGAGAGACAACGACAGCUCUACCACCACAUAUUAAUUCUAUACAGCCAGAGGUAGCGCCAACUUCAGCUAUUCCUGGAGGAUCAACAGACAAAGCAACAGGCAAUCUUUUCAAGAUAGUAGGUCCCGGAGAGGAAAGUACCACUUAUUCUACAUUUACUCCAGAAGAUACCCUGGAACCUGUGGAUGCUUUUGGAAAAGUGUGUGACCGUUUUACUUUUCUUCAACUGCGAGACAACGGCCAAGUGAAGAGGGAGAUGCCGCAGCUGGGCGAGAUGCUCUAUUGCUUAACAGACCGGUGCCCAGGGGACUUUGAACUGUAUGGGUGUUAUUGUGGCCAGGAGGGAAAAGGCCAUCCUACAGAUGAUUUGGACAGGUGUUGUUUCUCUCAUCACUGCUGUCUGGAGCAACUGAAGAAACUUGGCUGCCAUCCGGAGAGGAAUUCAAGAUCUGAAGUUCUGUGUUUUGAUCAUACACCAAAGUGCAUCGGGUGGACAAUGUGCGAAAAGCUCAUGUGUGCCUGUGACAAGGCGGCCGCAGAGUGCAUGUCUACUGCCCCAUUCAAUGAAAGCCUGUCAUUCCCCAACAGCCACAUGUGCCAAGAGGACAGACUGUUUUGCCGCCGGGGGGCACAGGAAAGGCCCUCAAGUAGUGCUGGGACCGAGAGCCGAACCUCCAGUGAAGAAGAGAGCAGCAGCGAGGAAGUAGGGGUGCCAACGAGCACUUUGAGAAGGGCGAAGCGAGCUGCACACCGAACACGGAAAACUCCAUCAUUUAAAGGGGAAAAAUACACAGAAACUGGGAACCGUUUUUGACGACCGCAGAGGAUACUCAAUACACACAAAGAUCUGGAAACUUCAUCUCAUAGACCGGAAUGGAUCGGUAAUGAACAUGGCCAGCGGUGAUUGCUGCGGUGCCGGAAGGGCUUGGAGGAGGUCUACAGAAAUAAAAAAAAUAAAAUGUUAUUUCUCUGCUUCA